GUCCUGCCGAUAAACAGACCAGAAACAAGAACAUCAACAUUAUUCCCUACAGAUUGAAUUCUUACAACAAAACCGAAGUGGAUCAUUUUGCCGGUCGAGCACUGCUUUCGAGAAAUGCAGAUGGCGAAGCGCACCAACAGCUCUUCUUCGACGUCCUGAUUGAUGACGGCCUGCACGAAUACCUGGCAAAUCGGGCGACGCUCGCGUUCUGGUGGCGGUUUGUCCAUCCGAGCCAUGGGGUUUACUUCAUGGAGGACAUGCCGAUCGCCGUGCUUUCACCGCAGACGGCGCAGUGUCCUGCGGCGGGAACUAGCAAGAAUAUCUGGAACUCGUUCUACGUCGAAGAGGGUGGGGAUCACGUGCAACACGUCACAAGCAGGAGGGAAUCGUCCUGGUGGCGCAAAAAGGAAACGUCUGAUAUUGAUGACGCAGAGCAGGAGCCAGCACCAGCUGGCGACUUGGAAGACGAAAUGGAGCCCAAAGUUUGCCUUUGGCUUGAUGCUUUCCUGAACGAAGCAGACGUCCGAAAGAGCCUUGAGCUCGGAAACGGUCACGACGUGGUUGGAGGAAGAAGAGCAGCUUCAGUCGACCACAUUUACCACGAGCCCUUCGAUUCGCGGGCGAAGAACGCGUACGAGUUUGUGGCUGAAGCCGUUCGACGAACGUCUCUUCGUGAGGUGAGACCUGCACCUGCAUCCUCGUCCCAGGAGACGAGUGUUGACAGCGUCGUGCUGACACCAGAGCAAGCGCACCCAGAAGCCAUAGCAUCAAUCGUUCGCCAGUCGGCGUUCGCACCAGUGGCGGGAGGAGCCGCGCGGCACAUGGUAGAAAAUCAAGUCCAAACAAGAAUUGCAGCUCGGCAGGUAAUCUUUGAGACAAAUCCGCGAUUCACAUGUUCGUUGCCGAAUAAACUUGUGAACUGUUUUGCGGUCAGCGACCCCUUCAACGCCAGAUCUAUUGUGGUUCUGACGAAGAUGACCACUACUGCUUUUACUGCGCAUCAGCCUCAAGAAAACGCUUUUGCUGCGACCGACGGAAUAUCGGGGUGGACGGAUGACUACUAUCCUCGUCUAGUGCCACAACGCCUGAGCCAGAGCCUGCAGUUUCCUCUCCCCACACGCACGGAUCAGUACACGGAUGGCACUUGUUGGACUCACUUCGUGAAGAAUUUCAUCGGUUACAUAACCGAAAAAGCGACUGUCAACCGGGGUACCCACGACGCAUAUCUGACGUCGCCUGCUGCUGGUGGCCCCGGAGAUCCAAAAGAUUCCGAGCGUGGUAGGUGGCUUCUGUCGCUGGUCCCGGAUAAACAAAAGCCGACGCAAGAGAAGAUGCAGAAGGUGCAGUGGAUCGAAACUUACUACCGAUUCACAUGCGUGACGGCGAAAGUGGACAGGCGCAGGAGCGACGGUGAGGAAAGCAACUCGGUUCGUGCACUUUUUCUCGCGGGACCAUCCGCGGAUCGGCGAAACGCGGUAGACCAAGCUGCGGAGCGGCAGUUUUCGGACGUCAAAGUGGCACAUCAACAAGAGAGGGCCGCAGGGGCGUACAUCGGGAUGCAUCUUGGCGGCGACCACAGGGAAGGUGCAAGUCGGUCCCCCAAGAACCAGAAGAAUGAAGCCGAACACGAAGCCUCGACCGCGGCAUUGCUGCGCAUUCAGGCAAGCAAAACAUCAUCUGUGUCUUACCCAGACCUCCUCACAGUUGAAGAACGAAAGCACCACCUCGCGAUCGCUGCGGAUCUUUUGGAGAACGCGUAUGCUGCCGACAAGCUACGUUUUCUCGGCUACGACAACCCAGAGAUUGACAUCACGGAAGUUGCAGCUGCAAGUAGCGCCGACCCCGACGAUCGAGCCAUUCUCAGCCGAUGUGGUGCGCGCGGCAAUGCAGAGUUUGAAUCUGAGGUUGGAGAUGAAGAUUCGGGUAAAACUACCAACGAGCCUCCACAAGAAGCAAAACAAGUGGCAACGCGCAUUCUGCCCAUGGCGGCCGCCCUUGCGGAGUACAUAGAGCACAUGUUCAACAUUUUGCACCACAUCCGGCAAAUCAAUGCGGAGGACGAACUUGCGCUAAUUCUGGAUGGUGUUUGGAUACAGAAAGCGGCCCGGGAGUACGAAGCGCUUUUAGUCAACGACGUUGGCAGAUGGAAGAGGGAGUGCGUACUUGCAGAGUUGGAAUUUGAAGACAAGACGAACAGUGCUGCUGCUGCGUCCUCUGUGGAGGAUGUUGACAGCCGCAACCCCGUCGUCACCAGUUUUGUCGAGCAGGAACAUGCUGACUUGCUCAGGCACGAUUUUAGCUUCGAAGGGCAGACGAACACUGUCGUCGGAAUGAAAAUGAUAAACGCAGAUGAUGUCGAGGCAGAAGACGUUUGGGCACUUAUGAGCAAGGCUCUCGUUGCAAUACCGAAUUCGGACCUUCGGAUAGCUGCAGCUUCAAGGGAAGACGCAGGGCAUGUCGGAGUUGGAAAUCAACAAGGCAGCUUCAUGUGUACCAAGUACCAUCGCUGGAUGUCCCACACCCGCCCACGACUUGCAUUUUUUCGCGAUCUCGGCGCAGCGUUUUACUACCGCAUGUUUUGGCGACGAAGGGACAAUUAUACAACGGUGAUAGAGCCACCUUUUCUGGAGAACGCGAACGCGAUGGGCGAAGAAAAAGGGCACGACAGCGGCGCACGGCAUCGUCAAGAAGUGGGAAGCAAGAUCGAGACCCUGCUACAGUUCUGGCGACAGCUCUAUCUUGAAUACGCACCGAUUUUUGACUUUCUGUGGGCGCUCUUAGUUCGCGCUCCGCCGUACGACUUUCACUCGUGUUGCGGUAGCGGUACAGAACAGAGGAACAGUGAGGACCGCGAAGGUGGAAGCAGAAUUCGACAAGUCGAGGCUGCUUCUGCUACACCUACAACUGACACAGUGAAUAGAUCGGCAUCGCCCGCCGAAGCAACUCCCUCAGAAAGGAUGUUGGACAACGACCUAGCGCAAGGGGGGUCCUCAUGGGGAACGCCGGCCGCAGGGUCUUGCCCGGUAGCAGAUCCUGACAAGCAAAAUGCAUUUCUGCGGACUUGCUGCCUCGCCGCGACAGUCCGAUGGACUCGUAAUCAAAAAACUCUAGAGUACUUGUCAAAAAGCAGGACAAGCAGAAGCACAAAAGAAAUGAAAAAUAAGCAAAUAAAGUCGCAUUCAACAUGUACGAAGCACAAGAAACAGC